AUGUCUGGAGAAGGGAAGCCGAAUGUUGCUGUGGGGCUGGUGCAGGUUUGUGCAGCCAUGGGGACAAUCCUCUCAGUGACUCUGAGCAGGGUCCCGAAUGCUGUGCUGCGCUCCAAGUUUGCCGCAUCAUCCGAGAUCUUGUGUUCCCUCGUCGAGGAGCAUGCCGAGCAGGCUGCGACGCUGAAGCCAGUGCUCUCCUGUCUGGCAAUGGUGACAGCUGCAGUGGAUCCGCGUGAGUGGGCCAGUGCUGCUCGGCCCUUUGGCCUGCUGCUAGGUCUCUCCCUGGACGAGCGGCCAAAAGUGCGGAAGCGCGCCCAAGAAGGUGUCAUUGGCGUGCUGGCUGCUGUGCGUGGCACAUCUGCAGCAGAUGCAGCUGGCUCCACCGUCGCAAGAGUGUGCCAGCAAGUGCUUCCGGGCCCAGAGGUGGCAGCCCGAGCAGCAGCAGCGGCUUCAAACAAGAAAAGGGCGGAGGCAGAGGCAGCCAUCGCCAAGGCAGUGACAGACGCCUUGAGAAUCUUGGGCUUGCUCAAGCCUGCCUUACCCCUCAUGCCAGGGACAAGAGUGCAGGAAGUGGUGGGGCUGAUGCUGAAGCUGUACGUGCUGCGUCAGCCGAUGCUGUUACGCUCUGCAACAGAGUGCCUGGCUGCCUUGUGUGCCGGUUCAAGCAGCAUCAGCGCGGCCGCUCUGGUGGAGGUGCUCAGAAACGUGGUGCACAUGGAGACCGCAUGGGAUUCCAAGGACGCUGACUCCCUCAUCUCAUUGAUCAACCUGGUGGAGUCCGGCUACAUCCGGCUGCAUGAACUUGAUGCGACAGCUGCUGCGGAGCGCUUGCCGCACGCAUUUCAUGCAGUCAUACCGCGGCUGACUGGUGACUUGGAGGGCGUGCGGCGAAGAGCGGAAGAGGCCCUCAAUCGCCUCAUUGCCGCCUGCCUGGACGAUGCGGCUGUGGCCGCUGCGGUGAACCUGGCCGGCGCCGGCAUGGGCGCAUCGGCCGGGCCGCCGUCCGCCGCGGCCGGCGUGGUGGCCUCCGUAGCUGGAGCUCUCGACCCGCGCACUCAGGACGCCUGGCCCAGCGCCCUGUCAGUGUCUGCGGCGCUUUUUGAGCGACUCGGCCAGCGAGGGGCGCGCCUUGCGGAGCCCCUGCUGGAGAGGGUGGGAGACCUUUGCGCGGCUGCGGCUGAAGCAGCAGAGGAGGCUGAUGAUGAAGAUGAUGAGGAGCGGACGGCCGGUGCGGAGUAUGCCGGAGCAGCUGGUGCGGCGAUGAGCUCGGCGUUGCGGAACCUGGGGCCCGAGGCUGUGCUGCAAGUGCUGCCGCUCAACCUAGAAGAGGGGAUGAAUGGGAUAGGGGAGGCGCGGACGUGGCUGCUGCCAAUGCUGCACCAGCAUGUGUCCAACGCGCGGCUGGCCUUCUGGGGUGGCACGCUGCUGCCGCUGGCUCGCAGGAUGGGCUCCAUUGCCAAGGACCCUGCCAACCCCCAUGCACUGGCGUGCCGUGCUCUGGAGGCCCAGCUCUGGCAGGCCCUGCCUGCCUUUGCCUCCUGGCCUGAAGACACCGCCUCUGCCUUCCGGGAUCAUGCGAAGGAGAUAGCCAUGGCUUUCAUCAGUCGUGCGGAUCUGCAUACUCCAAUUUGCACAGCCCUAUAUCGCCUGUGCACGCAGAACCGGGAUGUGCUGAAGGCAUCAGGCCAGGUAGAGGGCCUUGGCUAUGCAGGAGGGCCGAGUGCUACCUCGAAUGGAGACGAGUCUGAUGCAGAAGACGAGGGCCAGGGUGUUGCAUCAGAAGCACCUCCUAGCUACACACCUGCACUGGCACAACAGAAUGUGACGGUCCUGCGUGGGUUCUCCAAGAACUGGCUCAAAGUGAUGGCAGAUGCAUUCUGUGCUACGCAACCGGGGCUCAGAGGACCCACUGGACGCGCCAUAUCAGCAUAUGCCGCCAUCAGUGACCCUGCAGUCUUGACACCCUUCCUGAAGGAUGCAUUGAGCAAAUAUGUGGAGCUGACACAGGCAGCUCAGGCGGACGUGCCUUCGGCUGCGUUGGUGGCACAAGGGGGCAACAACACGCUGAGCGAGCAGCGGUGCACCUUCCUAGAGCUGGCGCUUGCGCUGGCCGUUGGCCUGAACACUGACUGCAUCAAGCUGCUCUUCACGACAGCAAAGGGCGCCAUGCAGGAGCGGGAUCAAGCGGUGCAGAAGCGCGCGUACAAGCUGCUGGCGUUCAUAACGGCCAAGCGGCGAGAUUUCACGCUGCCGGCCCUGCGCGAGGUGCUGGAAACUUUGCUGGCGGGCGUGACAUCAUCGCUGUCAGCCGCCAAGCGCUACCGGCUGGCGUGCCUGCAGGCCGCCGUGCUGCUGCUGCUGGCACCGGACGCCCCCGACGUUGACCUGCGCGGCGAGGACGACGCCGGCAUGAGUGCGGAGGAGCAGCGCAAGCAGGUGGUGGCGACGUUGGUGAGCGAGAUAGUGCUGUGCGUGAAGGAGGUGAACCAGAAGACGCGCGCGGCCGCGUACGGGCUGCUGGUCGACCUUGGGCAGGCCAUGCACGAGGCCGACCCCCCCUCCCUGCCCAGCCUGGACACCCAUAUGGGCGGCCUCGACCUCCAAGGUGGUAGCGAGGGGGGAUCGGGCGGGGGAGGCCUGGCGACGCUGUUUGAGAUGGUGCUGGGGGGCCUGGUGGGCACCUCGCCCCACAUGAUCAGCGCGAGUGUGAUGGCUCUCGCGCGGCUGCUGCACCAGUUUGCGCCGCAGCUGGGCGGGGUCGCACCAACGCUGCUGCCCGCCGUACUCAUGCUGCUGCGCACCAAGAGCCGUGAGGUUGUCAAGGCCGUGCUCGGCUUUGUCAAGGUGUGCGCGGUGCGGCUGCCGGUGGAGGUUCUGGAGCAGCACAUGGCGCAGAUCCUGGAGGGGCUGCUGCUGUGGAGCGAGGACUCCAAGAACAAAUUCCGCCUCAAGGUGCGAGUGAUUGUGGAGCGGCUGGCGCGGCGGUGCGGCUACGACGCUGUGGCGGGCGCCAUGCCGGCGGGCGACAAGCGGCUGCUCAUCCACAUCCGGCGUGAGAACCUGCGCAAGCAGCGCCUGCGAUCCAGCGAAGCCGGCUCCCAGAUGGAUGUGGACGAAGAGGAGGAUGGGCGCUCGAGGGCGAAGGUUGCGCCCACGGCGCGCGGCAGCACAUGGAACCACACGAAAGUGUUCUCUGAGGGCGGCUCCGAGGGAGCCCCCACCAGGUACAGCGGCCCUGCACCAGGACAGCGCGGCCAGCAGCGGCCCGGGCGGAGCGUCAAGCAGGGUGAGUCACGGGCGGUGAUGGCGAGCUCGGCGAAUGGUGAUCCGCUGGACCUGCUGGACGUGGGGGCCACCCGGCAGAUGCAGCGCGCGUCGUUAGGCGCCAAGCCGCGGCGGUCGGCGGACGACUACGCGCGCGGCAGCGACGGGCGCAUGAUUAUCCAGGACGAGGACGCACCGCCAGGUGUCAAGCGCAAGCGGAGGGCGGGUGGAGGCUUUGAUGACCGGCUGAGCGAUGACAGCGACUUUGACGACCUUCGCCACAUCGGCGGCUUGGCCGCUGGCAUGCGCAGCGCCAGCGCCAAAUCAGUGGCUCUGGCGCAAACUGUGGCAACGAAUGCCAAGACCGCGCGCACGUCCCGGGCCGGUGCCAAUAGUGCUCGCAGCAUUGGGGGCCGAACAAGCGUCGGCGGCCGCAGUAAAACCACUGUGAAGGGCCGACAGCACACCGGCGACAGGCAUGCACACCACUCCUGGACCAUGUUCAAGAGCAAAGGGAAGGCAGGCGGUGAUCAGAAGGGGAGCAGCAAGGUGGAGCCGUAUGCGUACUGGCCCCUUGACCGCAAGAUGCUCAACAGGCGUCCAUCCAAGAAGGCAGAUGCUCGUGAAGGCCUUGAUCAGGUUGUCAAGGCUGCCAGGGCAGGUGCAGCAAAAGGGAGCAAGGCCAAGAGGCACCGUGCCCAGUGA